AUGUACUUCUUAGUGGCUUUGGAUGGAAACCAUGAACCCCUACUCUUAGCAAUUGGUUUGGGAACCUUAGAGUGUGAAGAAUCAUGGAGAUGGUUCAUCAUGAAGUUAAAAGACUGUUUAGGUGAGGAUACAGAUGUUGGUUUCAUAAGCAACCUAUGUGAUAAAAUAGACUUUGCUGUUCAGAGUGUCUACCCAGAUUCGUAUCAUGGAUAUUGUCCUAAAGAUAUAGCCAGAAAAAUACGAGAUUCUAUUAGACAUAAUGAUACAGAAGUCGAAACGAAACUACCUUUCUGCACCUUGCUUAAGAGUCCAAUUUUCUGGCUUGACGAUAUAACAAUUUCAAAAUGGACACGAGCAUUUUUCCCAAAAGUACGUUACAAUGUUAAAUCGAUUGAUGUCCUUGAAAUGUUGAAAAUUAUAUCCACGUCCACACGUGAGUUUCCUAUAACAACGAUAAUUGAGUUAAUCAAUACGUCGAUACAAACAACAUAUGCUGAACGAGAUGAAGUGGCAGGGAGGUUGUCUGGUGAGGUGACCCCUUAUGUUGAGAUUAAGCUUCAAAAGCGUGUAAACAAGUCUUAUAAUUGGGUGGCAAAACGUUUGUAUGCAGAUACAUUUGAAGUCGAUAACAAUUUUGCCACCAACAAAGUACAAUUUGAACGUAGGGUAUGUAGUUGUGGGAAAUGGUAA